AUGAGGCCAAUAAACAGUUCAUCAUCAGCAAGUGGAAUUAGUAUAUGGAAGUCUCCAAUUCCUUAUCUCUUUGGAGGCUUAUCUCUAUUGCUGAUUCUGAUUUCUGUGGCAUUGGUGAUCCUUAUUUGCUCCUACAAAAAGCAUGCUUUUCAGUUAUCAACUGAAGGUGAAGACAUCAAAUUACAAGUAAUGCCCAAGAACAUAGAGAUUGACUUAGAGCCCAAGAUACUUGUGAUCAUGGCAGGGGAUGACAAACCCACAUACCUGGCUAAACCAAUCACUUCUUCCACUUACUGCACCUGUGAAGUUGAAUCAACCCCUUCAUCAAGUUCCAGCAAGUGCACGGAAUAUGUAAACUGA